AUGCUAGGGUCAAACCAUAGAGUUUCUACAGCGCUCUUCAACAACGCAGCAGCAGCAACAGCUAAUCUACUCAUAGCUCUGACGCGUUCAGCAUGGGCGAAGGCUCAAAGGCAUGUCUCACAGAAUUUUGCGGUAGUAUCAUCUCGGUGGAUCAGCAACAAACAUGGUGGCGACUGGCGAUCAUCAUCACAGUGGUUGCACAUGAGGAUGUUUCUAAAGAUACAGGCUAUGGAAAUUGUUGGUGCUGUUGCAAACCUAUUUCAACUUUUCUGUGGACAGUGCUGUUCAAAUGAUUCAAUCUCUGAGCAAUGCAGGUAUCUGAGAAAACCUCAAGCUGUAUUACAGAUAUUGGAAGAAAACUUAAAGUUACUUGCUGCUCGAGAAGCUGAUGUAAAAAAAAUGUUACACUUGGGAAAGGUGUUGAGUGGGAUGGAUCCCACAGCUGAAGUAAAUUUGUGGCUAGAAAAUGUGCAGAAGAUGAAAACUAUCAUGGCUAGUUUGGGAAAGGAAAUUCAAGAUAAUAAAAACUGUUUAUGUGGAUGUUUUCCAAACUAUUACCGUAGGAUGAAGUUGGGGAACUCUGUUACAAAAAAGAUGAACGAGGUUCAUAAGCUCCUUGAUGAUAACAAAUUUUCAGACAGUUCAUUGGUUAAUAAGGUACCGGAGAGAGGAAAGACAUUGCCGGUAACUACGUUAGUAGGGGAGACUGCCAAAAGCAUUUUGCUGAGAACUUGGGAGUACGUGAUGGAUGAAAAUAUUGGAAUUAUUGGUAUUUAUGGGAUGGGAGGAGUGGGGAAAACAUCCAUCGUUAAAGAAAUCAAUAAUCAACUGUUAAGCAAAAUUGCACUCUUCGAUAAUGUUAUUUGGGUAACAGCAUCCAAGGAUUCAAAUCUGCAAAAGCUACAGAAGGGUAUUGCAAACGAAAUAGGUUUAUCUUUUGGUGAUGAAGAUAGUGAACAUAAAAGGGCUAGUAAACUAUAUGAAGCUUUUCUAAGAAGAGGUAGGUUUUUUCUCAUGCUUGAUGAUUUGUGGGAAGCAUUUUCUCUAGAGGAAAUAGGAAUUCCUAACCCAACAAAUGUAAAUGGUUGCAAAUUGUUAAUAACUACCAGGUCAUCUAAUGUAUGCCAUUCCAUGGAAACAGUAAAAGAGAUUGAAGUUCGCGUGCUUUCCAUGGAAGAAGCAUGGGACUUGUUUAAACAAAAGGUUGGUGAAGAGGUGCUCACGUCCCCAAGAAUACAACAUCUUGCUAAGGACGUUGUGAAAGAAUGCGCUGGUCUACCACUAGCAAUCAUUACAGUUGGAAGGGCUUUAAGAAAAGAGAACAGCAUUAGACAGUGGCAGACUGCAUUAAGUGAAUUGAGGAACUCAACUGCUAAUAUCGAAGGAGUAGAUAAUCAGGUGUUUUCACGUUUGAGAUUUAGCUAUGACAGACUGAAAGAUGAUAUGACUCGAUCAUGUUUUCUGUACUGUGCAUUAUACCCAGAGGAUCACAUCAUUGAAGUGGAAGAGUUGAUAAAAUACUGGUUAUGGGAAGGCUUAUUGGGUAGUUUCGGGAGUCAAAUGGUUAAGAUGCGACUGGGUAAAAUAAUUGUAAAUGAGCUAAAAAGUGCUUGUAUGAUUGAGGGUGUCUAUCAAGAUGGAAAUACUGAUGAAUAUGUGAAGAUGCAUGAUGUAAUUAGGGAUAUGGUGAUUGCACUUACUAGAGCAAACUCAAGUUUUAUGAUUAAAGCUGGACUUGGUUUACAAUUGCCACCAGUGGAGAAUGAAUGGCCUCCGGAUCUUGAGAGAGUGUCACUAAUGCGAAAUGAUUUGAGUUGUUUAAGUCGUGAACCAAAAUGUCCUAAGCUUUGCACGCUUCUAUUGCAGUACAAUUCUAUUAACAAAGAAAUACAUCAUUCUUUCUUUCAUCACAUGCAAAACCUCAAAGUUCUGGACUUAUCUUUCACUGGAGUUGACAGUUUACCCAUAUCACUAUCCAAUCUGGCUAGCCUUCGUGCAUUACUGUUACGCAGUUGUUGGAACCUGUCCUAUGUACCAACUCUAGCAAAGCUCAAGGAGCUAAGGGUUUUGGACCUCUCUUACACAUCAAUUGAGCACUUGCCAGAAGGGAUGGAUAUGUUGAUUAACCUUCAAUAUCUUGACCUCUCCUAUACUGGAGCUCAUGAAAUUCCAGUACUUCGUUUCCGCGAAUACAAGUUCCUGGAGAGCCUCUUUAUAAACGGUCUAAUAUUUAGUCAGGAACCGAACUUUGUUGAUGCUCUGGUAAACUGCAGCAGUUUGGCAGUACUUGAAGCAAAUUUCAGCACCAUGCAAGAAUUUGACAAGUACAUAGCAUCAGGUCACUGGAAUAUGCUAGAGAAUUUUAGAUUUGUCAUAGGUCAUCCCCCGUACUCCACUCACAUGGGGACUGAUAGUGUCAGAUUCUUUGGAGUUCAUAUCUACGAAAGACCAAGUCCUGAUUGGUUGCCAAGAGGGAUUCUUGAGUUAGAAAUCAAUGAUUGUACAGGUAUUACUCACCUACCAGUCUGUAUAACUGCUGCAGCUUCUCAAUUACAACACUGUAGGAUAAACUAUUGUGAUGAGAUGGAAUGGAUUAUAACAACUGAAUGGAUCACCUUUCCCAACCUUGAGUGGUUGGAGAUUGAGGGUUUGAGGAAGUUAAGUAGACUCUGCAAAGGAAUAACACCAGUAGGCACUCUUGCAAGCCUUAGAAUAUUGCAUGUCACAGCAUGUAAUGAUUUGAAGACACUCCUUCCACUUGAGUUGGUUCAGCAUCUAAGGAACCUUGAAGAAAUCACAAUUCAAAAUUGUGACAAAAUGAUGGAGAUAAUAGCAGAAGGAGAAGAGAAUCAAGGGGUGACAGAAGUUAACAAUGCAAAAAUCGACCUCCCAAGAUUACAAAAAUUGAAACUAAGGCAGCAGUUACUGCAUUCUCUCAAACAGAUAAAAGGAAGCAGGUGGUGGUGGCAGGCCCUAACAGAGAACCAUGAAGAUUCACUUAACCUUUUGUAUCCGGUCUUCAAAGAAGAACUAGAGAUCCAUAGUUUGGGAGAAGAAAAUGCAGAGAACCCUAGUUUGGAAGAAGAAGAUACCCAUUCCAUACACAGCGUGUCGUCAAUAGCUUCUUCAUAUGAAGUAGCAGAGUCCAAUACUCAGUUGACAGCAGUUCAACAUGGAAGAGCUUUCUUGGCAAACAUAAAUGAACAAAACCAGCAUAAUCCUUCUCCUUGCUCUGGUGUCUCCAUAAUGUAA